AUGCCCUCCAGCAAACCCACCUCCCCCUCUGACCCUCCCUCUCCCCUCCAAGACGAGCGCCACGCCCUCCCGCCCUCUGUCGAAGCAAAAAGAGCAUCCUCCUCCUCAUCACCAUCCAACACCCAUCGUCCGCACCACCUCUCCCCACCAGCACAAGCCCUCCACCACCGCAGCGGCGUCGACGAACUCCUCGUCGGCCCCUCGAACACCUCUCUCGCCUCGCAACCCUACCACGACGCGGCGUCGUUCCUCGGAACAUGUAUUGAAAUCGAGCUGGCGGAGGGGGAGGAUGUUCCUUUGUUUCGACGGCCGGAUUUUCGCGGGGGUGGGCAGGGGCAUGGAACGGUGGAGCGGAUCGAGGAGGUACCAGGCGUUGGUGAUGGGGAGGGUGAGAAGCAGCAGGGGAAAAGGAAGGCGUCGCAGCGGAUGAGCACGACGUUUGAGUCGGUGGUUGGGUUUGGGCGGACGAUGAAGAGGAGGGUGUCGUCGCUUUGGUCCAACAGGGGUGGUGAUGGCGAUAGGAAGAGGAAAGAUUCGCGCUGGAUGUCCCUCGAGGGCGGACAGUGGCGGGAGCAAGCUGAGGAGCGGCGUGAUAGGCCGCCUGUUCUGGGCGCCGCGGGGCCUGCGGCUGCGAGGCAGGAGAAUAACCCGUAUCCUUCAAGGUCGUGGUUUUUGGAUGCGAGGGCCGCGGCGGCGGCGCAGUCGAGUCGCACGAGUGGGCAUUGGACGCCGUGUACGGUUGAUGCGAGGUCGACGGCUGGGUUGCUUGGUGUGGAGGGUGACAGUCUGAGUAGGUCGAUGACGAAUGAGAGCUUUCGGACGGCGAGGACGAGGCUUUUAGAGAGGGAGGAGGGGGCAGUCUUGCAAGGGGAGGAUGCCGGCGUUGAUGGAAUUGGUGAUCUUCAGACGCCGAAGGAGGCCAAGCCAAGGGGCGAGUCGUUGGUCGAGACGGGGUAUACUCUUGCGCAUCAUGUGGAGCACGCGAAGAAGCUUGGGAGGUUUGAUCCUGAGAGGAUUGCUCGAAGAUUUGAUGGCGAGGAGGGUGGUACUGUUCUGGAGCCUGCUGUUGCGUCGCCUCCAGCUGUAGAAGAGAGUCUGCAAGGUCGCCCGGACCAGCAUAACCACUCGAAGGAAGAGCCGAUCAGUUCAAACAAACGCAAGAACAGCACGAUGUGGUCCUUCUUCAGAGGCCGACAGGCUUCGCAACCACGAGAGCCCAGGCCGAGUGUCGCUACCGUUGAGCAAGAAGAGGAGCGAUCAAGAGUCACCUUUGGAGCUGAUUUGGCUCGAGUCGCUGGCAUCAUAGGCACGUCGAUGCAGCAAGCUCCUGUCAUGUUGUGA